GAGGAGGCAGUUGUUCUCACUUUCAGUUAGCAGAGAACCUGUGUCUGAGUUCAGUUUCUCAGUUUGAGUACUUUAGUGGAGGAAGUCUUUGUUAGAGCGGAAACUCAAGCGAUGCGCACACAGAGCUGCUGCUGAUAACGAGAAGAGGCGCUCCGCUUUCAGAUGCACGUUUUAUUGAGUUGUCUCCAAACCGCGGCUGUGUUUAUUAUCAGCGGGGCAGCAAGAGCACAAGAAGCGAAGCGAGUUCGCAGAGCAGCCAGCUUGUAUAAUGGGAUCUUUCCGGCGUCCCAGACCACGGUUUAUGAGCUCUCCAGUUCUGUCAGACCUUGCCCGGUUCCACGCCAGCACACCUGCUCUACAGAUCUCCAACAUCACUGUGUGGAACAGGGUCCAAUCAGCUGUGAUCAAGGUGUUCAAAGGGGCAUCUCUACAGAAUAAUGAGCUCUACACACUUAAUGAGAGCAUCAGGUGGCUCCUUAAAACUGAGAUGGGCUCCUUCAUCACAGAGUACUUCCAGAACCAGCUGCUGAGUCGAGGUCUAGCUGGAGUCCUAGAGCAGAUCCUUCUUCAAAGCAGUGACACUGAUGGCAACCAACUUAACAUUCUUGCCUACAUGUGGGACCAGUUCUUCACAGAGACCCUCCCUACACUGCAGGCCAUCUUCUACCCGGUCCAGGGUCAGGAGCUGACUGUGAGACAAAUGGCCCUCUUGGCCUUCAGAGACCUGGUGCUGUUAAAGCUUCACCUAGAGGAAACUCUGGGAAAUGCAACCUCCAUUCCUCCAUCAGUCACACAGAUGCUGCUGAUAUUACAGGGUAUCCAUGAGUCUGCUGUUCCAAGCUCAGAGUAUCACCAGUUGGAGCAUCUAGUGGAAAUCGUCGUGUCUCCAUAUGUCUGCAAUGUCCUGCACAAUAGAAACAGGCACCCAUUAGAGUCCUGUCAUCUACGUUCAUCUGCAACACUGCUGGGUGACCAGUCCCAGCCCGAAAUUACCAUCACUCAACACCACAGCUUCUUGGACUCCUCGUCUCUUUCUCCACUAGUGGAGCAGGAGGGGGAGGCAUACUUGGAAAAGGUUGGUGGUGUGCGGCGUCACACGGUGGCUAAUGCACACUCUGAUGUCCACCUGCUGUCUAUUUCAAACAAGAUGCAUGCUGGGAUGGAGAAGGACAGCAGAGGGGAAGAGGAACAAGGAGUCAUUGGGUUUUUGGUGCCUAUGAGUCGUAGGCAUUUCUCCAACCAAGUGGGCAUGGCAGAGUCUCCAAAUGGCUCAGAAGACAAUGGAUUUGUGAGACAAUGGACAUGUGAGACAAUACAAGAUGAAAAACUUCAUGAUGACAAAAGAAAUUAACUGCAAAGUAAAUGCAGGACAUUAUAAAGAUUAGAGAAAAAGAUUUGAAAACAAGGAACAAUGUAGGAAGCAAGAAGACAAGUUUGUACCAAGCUUGUCCAUCCACCAUCCCCAUACCCUACAUCACCUGCAGGUCCCAGUAGGAGGGAAAGGUCUGCUCAGGGUCUUAACUGCUAUGAAUGUGUCAACAACAGCCAGGAGCCAUUUUUAAGUGCCUCAGUGCUUAGCAGGUUCUUUGUCUUCAUCUGCCUGCUAAUGUCACACACAAAGGUUCUCUUUUAAGACUGUUACCAAACAAUAAAGUUGAUUAAUGAAACUAAUUAAUGUGCUGUACAGUAUAAUACAAAUCCAAAGGCUGGGCAUGCCCUACUCAUUCAAGACAUUU